AUGCCAGAACUCAUAGUCCUCACGUGUGCCUCGGGCCGUCAAUGCAGCGCCAUCAUCCCUCACCUCUAUUCCAACCCACAAUACACGCUUCGACUCGUUGUCAACUCCCCGUCCUCUCGAGAACGUCUGUCCAAGCAAUGGCCAGAUGCCGAAGUCAUCCAAGCAGAUCUACACGUCCCAGACGAGUGCGCCAAGAUCGUGACUCGCGCCACGACCCUCCUCUACAUCGGGCCGCCUUUCCACCCGCACGAAGUCACCUUCGGGAUGAACAUGAUCGACGCCGCCGUGCGGGAAUCGAAAACCCAAGCCGCACCAUUCAGGCACUUUAUCUUCAGCUCGGCCCUCCACCCCGAGCUCACCAAGCUAGUGCACCACUCCCAGAAGGCCAGAAUCGAGGAAUAUCUCACCGAAUCCGGACUGCCGUACACCAUCCUGCAGCCUAGCACAUUUAUGGACAAUUUUCUUGGUCAGCUCAUUAACCGAGAGGAGUCCUCGAAGGCGGACCCCACGUUCAGAGCGCCGUUCAACCCGGACGUCCCUAUGUCGUUCUCCUGUCUGGCCGACCACGCCGACGUGGCCGUUAAGAUCGUCCAGGAACGGGACCCGCAUCUCUACGCUACGUACCAGCUUGCCAGCACCCUCCCCAUCACUCUGCGCGAGUAUGUCGCACAGGUUGGUGACGUGUUGGGCACGACGUUCGAGAUUCAACCACUACCAUUCGAGCAGGCGGGCAAGAUGUUCGUGGCUUUGACGUGGGGGCAAGGUCAGGAUGUAGGUCAGGAAUUCAAGGACGGGCCGGAGCGCAUGCUGUUGUACUACGAGAGUCGCGGGCUGUAUGGGAAUCCGGGCGUGAUGGGGUGGUUGUUGGGUAGGAGGCCGAACACGCCCGCGGACGUGGCGAGGUUGAAAAUGGAGGAGACGAAGUAA